AGACACCUUCGCGAAACUUCCAGAAACCUCCAGAAGGGUGUUUCCCCCGACCGCUUCCCCUGAGCCGAUGGCUGCGCCGGCGUCGGCGGCGGGCAGCGAGACCCCGAAGCAGCUCCUCUCCAUCAUCCGUGACUUCGCCUCCGAGAAGUCCCACGGCGGCGGUAGAGAGCUGCUACGGGGCGUGGUGGAGCUCAGGGUCGCAGACCGCGGCGCGCGGGAGGCGCCCAUGCUCGGUGCUGCGGUGGAUCUCGGUGUUGCGGAUGUGGCGGUGCUCAGGGCCGCGAGCGGUGGCGUGCAGGAGGCCGCGGAGCUCGGCGCGAUGGGCCGACGAUGGCAGUCGACGGUGCUGCAGAAGUGGCGGCGGCUUGUGUGGAGGUAGCUAUGUUGGGCGAGAUAAGUACAUCUGACAGAUAAUGUUUGUUGCAUGAAUCUCAAGCACUGAAAGUUUGAUAAGAAAAAAACUUCAGAAAACGUUGCUGACCAACUCUGGUCACAGGGCUCCCUAUAUGGCUUCCGGAAGAUGUGUAAGAGGUUGAACUAUAAAGUCCAACAGUGGUCCAUUAAGGUCCAGCACCACCUAUUUGACUGUUUCCAUCAGUUGCUGAUUCCGUUAGACUGCACACACAUACGCAAAAUCAUACCGGGUACCUUUAACU